AUGAUCAGCCGAAUGAAAGAAGGCCUUGGAACCCUCAGGAAGAAGGACUCUCCACUGGAAGCUCAGCUCAAGGAGGCGACGUCCAGAGAGAACUGGGGAGUUCCCAACACCACGCUGCAGGCCAUCGCGCAGGCCACUUCCAACAUGGAAGAUUGUGAUUUAAUCAUGAGCUUCCUCUGGAAGAUCCUGCAGGAGAAGAAGGAUAAAGAAUGGAGACGAGUGGUCAAGACGCUGAGUCUCAUAGAGAUGAUUGUGAAGCACGGCAGCGAGAGAGCCAUCCAGGAGACACAGUAG